CAAGCAACAACUAUUUCCGUAGAAUAUUCUAAGUAAUUUGUGUAUGUUUUACUAUGUCUUGGGAAGGCAGUUGUUCCAAUAGAGAUCCUCUUGUUGUUGGGAGAGUAAUUGGAGAUGUUAUUAACAAUUUUAAUAGGUCAGUUUCUCUUAAUGUUAGCUAUGGCAACAGGGAUGUCAACAAUGGUGUUGAGCUCAAGCCUGCUGUUGUUGCCAAUCAUCCAAGGGUUGACAUUGGUGGAACUGAUCUUAGGACCUUCUAUACUUUGGUCAUGGUGGAUCCUGAUGCACCUAGCCCUAGUAAUCCAAGUCUCAGAGAAUACUUGCAUUGGUUGGUGACUGAUAUUCCCGGAUCUACAGGGGCAUCCUUCGGACAAGAGAUUGUGAAUUAUGAGAGCCCGAGACCAACAUUGGGGAUUCACAGGUUUGUAUUUGUGUUGUUUCGUCAACUGGGAAGACAAACUGUGUAUGCACCAGCGUGGCGCCAGAAUUUCAUCACCAGAGACUUUGCUGAGCUUUACAAUCUGGGAUCUCCUGUGGCUGCUGUUUACUUCAAUUGCCAGAAGGAGACUGGCUCUGGAGGAAGAAGAAGGCAGUAAUAUGCUUAUGUAAUAAGCUAUGGAUUAGUAGAAAUCAACUUUAAGAUAUAUAAUAAUGAAUAAUGAUGGAAUAAGAUUAGAUAUAAUGAAUAAAUUUUAUAUGCGGGUUUUA